GGGAUUGCGCGUGCCAGCUUCUUCCCCUCCCCCACGCCCCUUGUUCGCUUCUUUCUUCUCCAGACAGGGAAAAGGAAUCGAAUUCCGAAUUCGCGAUUGGUUCGGGUGCCCCGCCCCUCUCCUCGACAUUUUGCCCAGGGAGGGAGCUCUGCACAGGACAGCUCUGUUCCCAUUUCGGUCAGAGCUGUGCUUGAAUUGCAGAGAGGAUAAGGCAUGGAGCCUUCUGGUCGGAAAGAAAAACCCAAGGUGAAGGAGCCUGUGAACCGAGUAGAGAAAGCCAGGCAGAGAUCAGCUCAGCAGGAACUGAAGCAAAGACAAAGGGCAGAGAUUUAUGCACUCAACAGAGUAAUGACAGAGUUGGAGCAGCAGCAGUUUGAUGAGUUCUGUAAGCAGAUGCAGCCUCCAAGAGAAUGAGCUCUCCCCAGCACUGAGACCAGUUUUGGUUGUUUGAGCUGGGGGGAAAAGAAAAUCAGUGUUUCAGAAGGUGGGACUUCCUCACUACUCCAAGAAAACAAACUAACUACAAAUUCAAGGCCUGCCUGUCCAAGCCUUAGUUUGGAUGUCCUAGAGGCUGGAGUUUUUGUGGGUUAAAAAAAAAGAGAGAAAGAGAGAGAUGAGCAAAGAAAAUCUAGAGUGCUCAGUAUCCCAGAGAGAGAGGACAUGUGACCUGCUGAUGGAAAUUCCCUCCUGCUUCCUGCCCCAUCCAUCCAUUGCCACUGUUGUUGCUCCCGAGCUGAAGCUGCUUCCAGCUGUUAGGUUUCUGGAGGCGACGAGAGGGUGAAUGCCGCUGAAUGGUCGCAAACAUAUGGGUCAUUGGCCCAGAUUUGUGGGAAUCCCAUAAUCCUGGCUGGAAGCCGCAAAGGCAGGUUUCUUCUGUUGCCCUCAUGAAUUGACCACAAAAGGAGGGUGGAUUUUAGCUGCUAUUCUCUUUUCUCUGGGAGUGACAGUAGCAGCCCUAGUAGAAACUAAGCAAUGAGAGCGCAGUCAGCCAGAUACCUAUCUGAAUUUGGGGGGACAGUUACUUGAAUUACUCCUAUGCCCGUUUGUUUCUAACAAGUGUCACAGAAAUGGUCAUUUCUACCUAACCCUUGUAGGUGAGGCUAUAUUACCUCAGAUUCAUCUAUUUUCUCAGAUUGGGGAGGAGGAAAUUGUUCUCUCUCAGGGUACAGGGACAAGUGCGAGUCUGAUAUAGACAUAGUUUGGGAAAUGAUUUGUGAGAAUGUAGAUAAGAAAAGGGUCACUCGGAGAGAAAUAAAAUGGGAAUGUGUGGGAGAUCCUAGUGUCCUCCAAGAGUCCAGAAUAAUGGGGCUCACCUUCCCAGUGAGAUCACCACAGCAUGUUCUGGGAUGCCCUGGAACUGCUAUUUCCCCUAUUCUCACUUUUCUAUUUCCUCUCUUCCCCUG